AUGGAGUGGUUCAAUGAGACAUUGGUGAGAGAGUUUGUCUUCCUCAGCUUCUCAUCUCUGGCUGGUCUGCAGCGGGUACUCUUUGUUUUCUUCCUGCUCCUUUACCUCUUCACUCUGGGCACAAAUGCUGUCAUCAUUUCUACCAUUGUGUUAGAUAGAGCCCUUCAUACCCCCAUGUACUUCUUCCUUGCCAUCCUCUCCUGCUCUGAGAUUUGUUAUACUUUUGUCAUUGUACCCAAGAUGCUACUUGACCUGCUGGCCCAGAAGAAAACUAUCUCCUUCUUGGGCUGUGCCAUCCAGAUGUUUACCUUCCUCUUUCUUGGCUGUUCUCACUCCUUCCUGCUGGCAGCUAUGGGUUAUGAUCGUUAUGUGGCCAUCUGUAACCCACUACGCUACACAGUGCUCAUGGGACAUGGAAUGUGUGUAGGACUUGUGGCUGCUGCCUGUGUCUGUGGCUUUACUGUUGCACAGAUUAUCACACCUCUGGUAUUUCGCCUGCCCUUCCACUCAUCCAACCAGCUCCAUCACUUCUUCUGUGACAUCUCACCUGUCCUCCAAGUGGCAUCUCACCAUACUCACUUUAAUCAGAUUGUCAUCUUCAUGCUCUGUGCAUUAGUCCUGGUUAUACCCCUGUUAUUGAUUUUGAUAUCCUACAUUCACAUCAUCUCUUCCAUUCUUCAAUUUCCUUCCACAUUGAGCAGAAACAAAGCUUUCUCUACCUGUGCUUCUCACCUCAUUGUUGUCACUGUCCAUUACGGUUGUGCCUCCUUUAUCUACUUAAGACCUAAGUCCAACUACUCCUCAAGCCAGGAUGCUCUUAUAUCAAUAUCUUACACUAUCUUAACUCCAUUAUUCAAUCCAAUGAUUUACAGCUUGAGAAAUAAAGAAUUCAAAUCAGCUCUUCGUAGAGUUAUUGGAAGAAAGCUUUCUCUGCCACAACAUUAA